CCCUGUGAAACAAUACAUAUUUGAACGUCUAUGCGUGUUAUGAUAUGAAUAUUUCAUGUGUAACCAGAUACAGCAACUGUACGAUGAACAUUCAAACUCUCGCGAACAGACGCGUGUUCCUCUCUCAGCCUCAAAACUAUAGUGUUUUCAGGUUAAGGGAUAUGCCGACGGGAUUUAGUGUUUUCUCGGAAGUCGCUGAGAAAAGUGAGUGCUAGAUCUUGUGGGCGUUUUCACCGGUCCGAAGUGUGAAAUUUAUCUCGCCCAAUGCAUCCGCUGGGCGGAGGAAUCUUUAGCACUGGGGGCUGACCGCGUGACGCAGCUGGUUGCUAGGUGUGGGUGACCUGAUGCAUUGACUCAAUUAGCCGAUUCUCAGUCAUCAACUCCAUCACAACAAAGCAAGACCAACAGCACUUCAGUCCGAGACACUCCGAAGGAGACAUGGCUUUUUAAUUUAGUACAGUCUUCGAUCCUAAAGAAACAACGUGCUUUGCUCUUGCAACGCACCCCAAGCUCAACACAUUUAAGCAAGAAUGGAGUUUCAUAAUGCACACCAAGCCCUGUUUUCUGUGGCUCAACUCUCAAACUUCACUGUCGUGCACUCUAAGCUCAGGCAUUUGAAUCGUAGGACCAACGGACAGGAUGAUGACAAUGUCAGCACCCAUUUGGAAGACUCUACUCGUCUGCCCGGCAGACCCCCUCACUCUCUCUCACCCACAGGCUAACCACAGCCAAUCGGAGGGGCGCAGAGGGGAGGGGCCAGAGGAGAACCAGCACUUAAUUGGUGAUGGUCUUAGUGACUGGAUGACGGAAGAAGUAGAUUUCUCCUCUUACCUCCCAACCCCUCACUCCUCUCCCUCCCCAAAUGCAUCCCUUCCCCCCUCGCCCCUACAGAAUGACAUCCAGGUGCCCUCAGAUUUGGAGGUCAUGACCUCUCUGCUGCAAGAGGAGCUUGCUCAGCUGGAGGAUUACUUCCUGUCUGACCCACUCCCAGAAAAAACCUCCAAACUGGGCAAAUGCGACAAGGGUCCAACGGCAGUUGGUCCAUCGUCGUAUUACCAGUUGCCCUACGCAUCAUAUUCUACUUCCAACCAAUCCGAAUCCAGCCCUCUACUUGUUACCCUGGCAACUGGGGAACUUGACUUGCUGAGCUUCUGUGGGGGUCCCAUUGGCCGUACCAAGAUUCCAAGACAUGCCCCCUACAGCUGCAGCCGCCCCAACAGCAACGUCUGCAGCCGCAAGAGAGUUUCCGAUGGGGUGAGGGUGGGUGACAGCUACGAGAGUAGCAUCUGGAGUUCCAAAGGAAAUUCCUCAGGUAACUCAGCUGUUGCGCCUGGUGGGAGCUACAGCUGUGCUGAAGAUGAACGGGUGGUAGGCAAAGGCUACUGCCUAGGCAGUACAGUAGAGAUCAGAAGGUGCGCCAUUUUACCCAAAGAGGAUAAGAAUUGCCGCUACACAGAAGAGGCCGUCGGUGCGAACAAGGCUGGUGGCGGCUACAACUUUAGUGGACCAAUUCAAAUUCCCCAUAAGAAAGACGAAAUGAUGUAUGGCAUCAGAGAAGUCAAUUUAAGUGGCAUAGGAGGAAGCACCGAGAUGGAGAUGAUGAGUGAACCGAAGAAUGGUGCUUCUGACAUGAAGGCCAACAUCUCUUGGAAGACCGAACCCAGCGAAAGCUGUUUCCUCCAAAAUGCAUCCCAAGAAGAGGCCUAUCACAGUUUUCUUGGGGCAAUCAAUGAGCCAGUAAAAGAGGAAAGCUUAGAGAUUCACCGGCAACAUAACUUCCACUGCGGCUUUCUCGAAGGCCAAGGCCCCGACUGCCUGAACGGUGACCGCCACAGACCUGAAAUGGGGUCCCCGUGUGCCAGAGGAGCCUGCGUGCUGAAAGAAGACCCCUGCAUUGUGAAAUCAGACCUAGAGGUGCCUCUAAUCGAAGGGCAUCAUGGUGAACGCAAACAGAAGAAGAGGGAUCAGAACAAGACUGCAGCUCACAGAUAUCGUCAACGGAAACGAGCAGAGUUGGACUCAUUGGAGGAACAGCUUCACGGUCUGGAGGGCAGAAAUCGUGAGCUCCGGGACAAGGCAGAAUCGGUGGAACGGGAGAUCCAGUACGUGAAAGACCUCCUGAUCGAGGUGUACAAGGCCCGGAGCCAACGCCUCAAGCAGGAAACCAGCGCCUGACCAAAAGCUCGACCACUUGGCGAUGGUCCUGCAAGUAGAAUUGAUAGCAGUCUGAAAGGCAAAGGAGAUUGGAAUGUUUUCUGACUGAAUGUGUUUUUUUAGGAUAUGGUGGAGGUUGUACUAUUGCACGUUACUCAGUCAUUUCAUUUUCGUUACAAACUGACAAAAUCCAUCAACAGCUGCAGCACAGACUUCCACUUUACUCAGAAAUAACUCCAAAUCAGUCGAUAUGCACUGUGAUUAUUAUGUCUUUGACUGUAAUGACAGCCGUUUUUCCUUUCCUCUUGUUUUUCCCAAGAGUGGCGACGGCUCAUCCUCUUGUUUCCAUAAAUGAGCUUUAACAACAGAGCGUUUACAGUUCAGGACUGACAGAAAUCCACACUGAAUAAUGCAAGAUCGACUUAAACACACCUUUAUUUAUUUUAGAAAAGGCUGUAAGGUAAUAUCACAGGUUCCGCAUACGACCUGCAUGCAGAUGCUGUUUUUUUAUUCAGUUUAAUUGAUUUUUUUUUUAUCAACUUUUAUGGUUCUAAUACUGGCGAUGUACAACAUUAGUCGUUCCUCUUUUUUUCCUUUCCAUAUAUUAAUUAACGAACGAGCACUGAUAUUAAAAGCAAUCUGUCUCUUACAUAUUGAGUUUCAGGGGAAGCACUUCUCAAAUUGAAUUUCCCUCAGGAAUACUGAACCUUAUAUUGUGUUUUUGAAUCCCCCAUUUUAGAUUAGUCCUGCAGCUCAGGGUAAUACGAUUUAUGUCCAAAGUCAUGGAGGUAUGUCAGUUUGUAACUCGAUGCUGAAGAUAUGGCACUGCCUAAUAAUGUUAUGUGUGUUGACUUCCUGUAUUUUCGUUCUUGCAUGCAGAAGAUUUCAUGGCUCUUUACAAAGAAUGUUUGUUUUUCCUUUCGUCCGAAUGACCUGUUCUGGCAGAAGUCUUUCUUGCUUAAGGAGUCCUAUUUUGUAUUCUCUUGACCAACACGUUCCAUUAGAGAUGAAUGAGUGGCAUUUGAUUCACAAACUACUGUUUGGCCCAAUGUCUCUGCUGUUAUUGCGACUACAAUCAGGGUUUGUGAUUUUAUAAAGCUUGUUUGCUCUAAUGUACAAGUGUGUGUUGGGGACAGAAAGUAAAAAUCUUUGUAGUGAUGCAGCUUUUUUUGAGUAAUCACUGAAAUGAUUGUGGUGGCUUUAGAAUUGCAGACUUCCCAGCUUGUUAGCAAUAUUUCAUCAACAAUGUAAAUGACUGAAUUUUCCUUUUCUUGAUUUUAUUCCAAUUGCGAUCAUGCACAAUCCUUGAAAAAUGUUAUGAUUUUCAUGUUUACAAAUUAGUCGAUUUCAGGAGUUUAUUCUGGUAACCUGUGUAGUGACUCUGAUUUUUCUACUUGCUCAAAUAGGAGACAUGCAUUUAGCACAAGUGCAACAAUAAGAAAGAAAUUAGCUGUAAAUCAGGCAUUGAUUAGAUUUUAUUUAUUCUUCCUAUUUAUUCUUUUUUAUGACUUGAUUUUACCGAAGUGUCGUGCGUACCUUAAUACUACGUAGCAAUAUUACAAAUAUCGUUGAAUUCCUCUAAAUAAGCAACCUAGGUACUGAGAGAGCUUAGCAUAUCGACUUCAAAUAUGCUUUUCUUGGCGGUAUACAAUCAUGAUUAUGAAAAAUAAUUAAUUAUGCGCUGUGUUGUACGGUCAUUAUGUGAAGUUAAAUUCGUACUAUAAUUUCUAAAAAUUCAUUUCAUUUAUUUUGAACCUAAAAUGAAGGCACACGAUUUCCAAGAGUUUACACCAGCUAUAAAUACUAAGAUCACUCAUUUUGUACGAGGCAUUUCGAUGUAUCGUCUCCGAUUAUUUACUUUGUGUUUCCUGUUAUUCCAUUGAAUUCAAAUAAAGUGAUUUGUGUCAGCAGCAGUGCACGUUGGCGA